UGACGUCACGUGUGAGGGACAGAGGAAGGGAGAGAUGGGGAAGGAAAGUGGAUGGUUAAAGCAGGGAGAUGAUUGCGUUUAAGGAAAAAAACAUGACUCAUCGAAUUCAACGCAAAUAUUAUAAGCACAAAUAUGAUUGACUUGUUCGCCAACAGAGAAUGCUGAGAUAAAUGACAGAGAAACCCCGAUAAGCAUCUCCUAGUGUGUGCAGAGUAAACUGGGCUCACCCAGCAGAGUGAUGUCCUCUCUAGGAAUGGGCACCCCCAGUGACCCUCUCUUGGCCAGCCCAGGAGGGAGGUCAUUGGGUACCACUAAUGACGGCCUCUGGAGGAGCUCCAUGCCCAAGACGGCCAGCUUUCCAUCGUCUACCACGCGCCUCUUGAGUCACCGUGCCAACAACUUCCAGAGACACCCGAAGCGGCGGAAGCUGAUCAGACCGUCCCCGCCCCCGCCGCCCAACACCCCCUGCCCCCUGGAUCAGCUGGACCUCAGUGAGUUACCCCCUCGCCGCACCUUCCCUGAGCUGCUCUUCAACGGCUGCGUCCUGUUUGGCAUCGAGUUCAGCUAUGCCAUGGAGACGGCCUAUGUCACCCCUGUCCUGCUACAGAUGGGUCUGCCAGACCAGUUCUACAGCCUGGUGUGGUUCACCAGUCCAAUAUUGGGAUUCCUGGUCCAGCCUCUCCUGGGAGCUUGGAGUGACCGCUGUACAUCCCGCUUUGGCCGCCGGAGACCAUUUAUUUUGGCCUUGGCUGUAGGAGCUCUGCUUGGUUUGACACUGGUGCUGAAUGGGCGGGACAUUGGAGCUGCGGUGGCAGACACAGCAACCAAUCACAAGUGGGGCAUCAUAAUGACUAUUUGUGGAGUGGUUCUGAUGGACUUCAGUGCGGACUCGGCAGAUAACCCCAGCCACGCCUACAUGAUGGACGUGUGCCUGCCAGAGGACCAGGAUCGUGGGCUCAAUAUUCAUGCACUACUGGCAGGUCUGGGUGGUGGAUUCGGGUACAUCGUGGGUGGAAUUAACUGGGACCACACUGAUUUCGGGAGGUCAAUGGGAGGUCAACUUCGAGUCAUAUACAUGUUCACCAGUGUCACUUUGGUCAUUGCCACAUGCAUGACCCUCAACAGCAUCCCUGAGCAGCCCCUGCCAAAGACGCAGCCUCAGAAGAACUCUCUGAAGAGCCCCAGCCUCCCUCUGCCCCCCUCUCCCCCAGUCCCUCAGGGGGCAGGGCUGGGAUUGGAGGAGGAAGAGGAAGUGGCUGGGCUCUAUAGCUACCAGUUCUCUGAACCCCACCCCUCGAACCCUUACCCCAAGGCACACUCCUGUAGUGCCAAUGCACGCCUCUGUGCCAGCCUCACCAGCCCCAUCUCCCCACUCAGCCCCCUCACUCCUAAAUAUGGCAGCUUUAUCAGUCGAGACAACUCUCUCACUGGCAUUAACGAGUUCGCCUCAUCUCUGGGAACCUCCUAUAUAGACAGUGUGCUCAUCGACUGCUACACUGGACAGCCAUCGCCGCAGCCCCUUGACCCAGACACUGCAGCCCGAACCCUGCCUCCAGAGGACACCCCACCUCUCCAGGGAUCUCAACCUGGAACAGGUUCACAGGCUGGAGCACUAGCAGUGGCUGGGACAGUGGCCCUGGCUGGGGCAGGAUCCCGGGCCGGGGCAGGGGCGGCUCAGAUGGGGGCAGGGUCCCAUCGAGGUUCAUCCGCUAGUAUCCUGAAGCGGCCUCAGAGCCUUGCGCUAGUGGAGGAGUCCAUGGUGACCCAGAGUGGAGGGAUGGAAAAUGGUCGCAGAAGAACAGUGACCUUCAGUCAGCAGGUGGCAAAUAUUCUGCUGAAUGGGGUGCGCUAUGAGAGUGACCUGAGUGAAAAUGUGGAGACAGCAGAUUCACAGAUGUUAAUGAGGAUGCUGUGUAUCGCUAUCUACAGGAUGCCUCCGUCACUGCGCAGCCUCUGCACUAACCAUUUUUUGGGUUGGCUGUCCUUUGAAGGCAUGCUGCUGUUCUACACUGACUUCAUGGGGGAGGUAGUGUUUGAGGGAGACCCCAAAGCACCCCACGACUCUGAGGCCUACCAACGCUACAAUGCUGGGGUCAGCAUGGGCUGCUGGGGCAUGUGCAUCUAUGCAUUCAGUGCUGCCUUCUACUCAGCCAUAUUGGAGAAGUUGGAGGAGCGUUUCUCCCUCCGGUCUCUCUAUUUCUUUGCCUACCUGGCGUUUGGCCUUGGCACAGGCCUUGCUACGCUCUCCACCAACCUCUAUGUGGUGCUGUCUCUCUGUGUCACCUACGGGGUGCUCUUCUCCUCUCUAUGCACUCUACCUUACUCUCUGCUGUGUGAAUACUACCAGAGCCCGCAGUUCUGUGGAUCGUCAGAGGAAGGCACCAGGAGAGGAAUGGGGGUGGACAUAUCACUGCUCAGCUGCCAGUACUUCCUGGCUCAGAUCAUAGUCUCCGUGGCGAUGGGACCUCUAACCUCACUGGUGGGCGGGGCCCAGGGAGUGAUGUACUUUUCCAGCGUGAUGUCAUUCGUGGGAUGUCUGUACUCCUCCCUCUGCGUGGUAUACCAUCUGCCCCCCCCUGAGGGUGAGCCUUCCGGAAGCGAGACCCAGCCACUACUUGUGCACAUUUAGCCCCCCUCACUGCCUUCCUCACUGCUCUACACACUCUCGCACUGCAGUCACAACACACACUGCAUAUAGCCUACACACUGUCACUCUGCACAGCACAUACAAUACUGUACUCUCUCACACUGCUCAGCAUAGCUCCUCUCAGAGCGUAGACCGACAGACACAUCGGCCACUGUUCUGUUGUGUCAGUAUGUUGGAUAGUGUGUGUCCAUGCAUUUCUUUCUGCUAAUUUCCACUAAAGUGUGUGUGUGUGUGUGUCUGUGUGUCUGUGUGUGUCUGUGUGUCUGUCUGUCUGUCUGUCUGUCUGUCUGUCUGUCUGUCUGUCUGUCUGUCUGUCUGAGUCUGAUUAUUCUGCUGUCAGUAGAGCCUUUUUCUUCAUCACUACUCCUUGCUUUUGAUGUUUAGUUUAGGCUGCUGCCCACCAAAUAUACAACAUCCCCUAUUAUUAAUUAAAACUAUGUUUGGGGGGGUUCAUUGUUUUGGCCUUGCCUAA